AUGUUGAACAGACAUCAUAAGUUUGUUCUAAUUGCUGUAACGAAACCUUUCCAAAAUUCUAGAAAUAUUCAGAGAUACAAAAGGAGAUUGGGAAUGAAUUUUGCUGGUUACAACUGUAAUGGCAAGAUUUGGUACUUUGUAGAAGAUGGAGUAGAUGUGGAAGUUUUGAUGGACACAGAUCAACAAGUGACCAUUAAGCUUUUAUUGCAGAAUAGUGGUAAAGUGAUUAUCACAACCUUGGUGUAUGUAAAAUGUGAUGCUGCUAAAAGACUUCUUCAUUGGGAUAACAUUUACAGUUUUUCCAGUAAUAUGACCUUUCCAUGGUUAAUUGGUGGAGACUUUAAUGUUAUUAUGAAUGAGGAGGAGAAAAUUGGAGGUUUGCCAGUAUAUCCAAAUGAAUAUGAAGAUUUUGCUUUUUGUAUGAAUUCCUGUGAAUUGAAUGAAGUGGAAUUUAGAGGUAGUCCUUUUACUUGGUGGAAUGCCAGAGCUGGUUCAACCAUAUCAAAAGCAUUUCAGAUUUUUAAAGUACUGGUUGGAGCAAGAAUCAUUUAUGCAAGUAGUGGAAGAUUUCUGGAAACAGAUUACUUGGGUGAUCCUUUUGUCACUUUUAAGUUGAAAAUGAAGAAGCUAACAAUAAGGGAAGAUAUUGCUAACAUAAAGGAGCAACUAUUUGAGGAAUUCCCUUCAGAAGAGAACAGAAUAGUGCUUCAAAAGGCUCAAGUUGAGUUCAAGAAAUAUUUUCAUUUUGAGGAGGAGUUUUGGAGACAAAAAGCUGGCAUUCAGUGGCAAUCAGAAGGAGCAGCUAUUGACUUUUAUCAAAGUCAAUUCACUGAAGAAGAGACUUCUCAAUAUUGUAGAUUGUUAGAUGUGAUUGCUCCUAAAGUAACUCAGGAGCAGAAUUCUUUUCUAAGUGCUAUGCCAACCUUGGAAGAAGUGAAAAAUGUUAUUUUUGCAUUAUCAGGUGACAGUGCUUGUGGACCUGAUGGUUUUUCAGGCCUCUUUUAUCAGAAGUCUUGGAAUAUUGUAGGAGCGUAUGCGUAUAAUGUAGUGAAAGCUUUCUAUGAGGAUCAGAAACUUCCUAAAUCUGUCACUCAUACAAACUUGGUUUUACUACCAAAGAAAUCUUUCAUCAACACUUUUUCUGAUUUAAGACCAAUCAGUGUCAGUAAUUUUAUCAACAAGGUGAUUUCCAGAGUGAUCUAUGAUAAGCUAGAAACAUUCUUACCUUCCUUAAUCUCUGCUAAUCAAUCUGAAUUCUUAAAAGGGAGAAACAUCAUUGAGAAUGUGUUACUUACUUAA